GCCAGUUAUCACUUUUAUAAGUAGUCGGGUUUACUUUUUUUUAUUAUUUUUAUUUUAAUACUACUUGUAAUAUUCAUUAGAUUCUAAUAUGGAUGACUUGACGAAGGAUCAAAUCGUCCUCUUGAAGAAGGCAUUCGAUGCAUUCGACCACGAAAAAAAAGGCUGCAUUGGCACCGACAUGGUCGGUACAAUUUUAACGAUGUUGGGCCACGAGCUCAGUGAAAACACACUGGCCGAAAUAAUUGCGGAGGUAGAUGAAGAUGGAUCCGGAGAGUUGGAAUUCGAAGAAUUUUGUACCCUGGCGGCAAGAUUUUUAGUAGAAGAAGACACCGAGGCAAUGCAACAAGAAUUACGUGAAGCCUUCCGUCUAUACGACAAAGAAGGAAACGGUUACAUAACAACAGACGUAUUUCGCGAUAUUCUACACGAGUUAGAUGACAAAUUAACAAACGAGGAGCUCGAUUUAAUGAUUGAAGAAAUCGAUGCCGAUGGCUCAGGCACACUCGACUUUGACGAAUUUAUGGAAGUGAUGACUGGUGGUGAUGACUAAUUAUCUUUUAAAAUAAUAUAUAAGUGAGAGAAAUCUUGUCAUCGCAUAUAAAUUAAAUAAUUAAAAAGCUUAAGCACAAGAUAAAUUAAAAUGACGAUUUUUAAAUUUACCGGGUACUCAAAUUGCCGGUUAAAAAUCGGCAGUGUCAUGGAUCUUUGUUAAAGUGACAUGAAUUCGUGUUAUAUUAUUUUAUGGACAAAGCCUAAGAGGGAAAGCCAAAGCAGUGGAGCAACAAAACCGGAGGGGCUGUCAGGUCCUUCGUCAAAUUAACGCCGAUCUGUUGAAUAAUCGAAUUCUUGGGCUUUACCAUAAGGGUAUCAUUUAAUCAACUGACAUCUGUACUUGCAUGUCUGACGUAUGCAUGUGGAUAUAGGACGGACAUGUUAUGCACUGUCGGUUUACUUUUGGUUACUUAUUCGGACUCAUGAAUAUGCAAUGAUUCAACUCUUGUACAUGAUCUCCAUUUAUGUUUAUAAUUCAAUGGGUAUUUAAAACAAUUCUUCACCACUGUUUAAACCUUCAAUUUAAAUUAUAAUUCAUGUUAUUUUAAUUUGAAUAAAUUUUAUUUUAUUUUA